GCGUGUGCCUGGAUGGUAAUGCUCCGUCUAAUGGGGUUUGUGUGGCUCUAUUCACACGUGACAGUCUUCAGCAGCUCAAGUCGUCCCAUUGAUGAGGGUAGAAUAAAAGCAACAGGAGGAAACCGCUGUAACUUUAAAGCUGCUGUAACAUUUGAGCAGUGUAGUGUAAAAACAUCACACUGGAUACCUUUUUUUUUCUCUUUUCUUUUAUAAAACACGCUUAAUGUACAGUUUUCUUGCAGCUUGCUACACCUGGCUACAGUUUAAAAUAUGGAACAGAUUUUUAGGUGGACUGAUAUCUUGAGGUUGGCGUGCGUUUGUUGUUUCGUUGGCUGUGUGGGUUGCUACAAUUUGGAUGUGGAACAUUCUAUGGCUUUUCGCGGGCCCAGUGGUUCUUUAUUUGGAUAUUCAGUUUCAUUGCACAGCCAUGGAAAUCAAAAAUGGGUCUUAGUGGGAGCUCCAGUGGCCAAUUCAACUUUCAACCCUUCCAUCGCAAACCCCGGUGCGGUUUACAAAUGCAGCAUCAAAAACACGUUUAAGGACUGUGAGCAGCUAUCAAUGGGUUGGUAUUGGCGAUGUGGAAAGACAUGCCAAGCAGAGAGAGAUAACCAGUGGUUUGGUGUUAGUUUAUCCAGACAACCCCAACCAAAUGGGUAUAUUGUGGCAUGUGGACAUCGCUGGAAAAACAUUUUUUACACGCAUGGAGAUCAUCAAAAUAAACUACCCCAUGGUGUUUGUUACAAGAUACAACCAGACUUAAACUCCAGCAGUCAGCCAAUGACUCCAUGUUAUAUAGAUUACCAACGUAAAUAUGGUGACAAGUAUGGCUCUUGUCAAGCUGGGAUGUCUAAUUUCCUAAUGGAGGAUUUGAUUGUUAUUGGAGCCCCUGGAUCUUUCUACUGGACAGGUUCUGUUUUAGUUUAUAACACAUCCGGCAACACGUUACAUGCGUACGUCGAUGAUGAAAAUGAAGUCCUUUAUGGAAGCUACCUAGGAUAUUCUGUUGGUGCUGGACACUUCAUUAAUCCCCAGGGCACUGAAGUUGUAGGAGGGGCACCCCAGCAUGGGCAGACUGGUAAAGCCUAUAUCUUCAAAUUUGAUUCCAAUUACUUGUCAAUAGUUUUUAAAGCAAGUGGCAAGAAGCUUGGUUCCUAUUUUGGUUCUUCUAUCUGUGCUGUUGACCUCAAUUCAGAUGGGCUGUCCGACUUACUGGUUGGUGCUCCAAUGUACAGCACUGUAAGGGAGGAAGGAAGAGUUUACAUUUAUAUGAACUUGGGCAAUGCUGAUAUGAAGGAGCUAGAUUUUGAAUUAACGGGGAGCGACUCGUAUUCAGGAAGGUUUGGAGAAACUAUCACAAAUCUAGGAGACAUCGAUGAUGAUGGUUUUCCGGAUGUUGCUAUUGGGGCUCCACAGGAAGAAGAUUUACAGGGAGCUAUUUACAUCUACAAUGGCAGGAAGAAAGGGAUAUAUCAGUCCUAUUCCCAAAGAAUAACUGGAAACAUAAAUGGCAAUGUCUUCAAGAUGUUUGGCCAGUCCGUGUCUGGAGGCAUUGAUGUAGAUGACAAUGGUUAUCCAGAUGUAGCAGUUGGUGCCUUUAUGUCUGAUUCUGCUGUAGUACUGAGGACACGGGUCGUGGUGAUUUUAGAGGCCAUCUUGAUUCUUCCUCCUUCUGUCAAUCGCACCCAGCCUGAAUGUGUUGAAAAUGGACAGCCCGCUGGCUGUGUGAAUAUCACUCUGUGCUUUAAGAUGAAAGGCAGGGACAUUCCAGGGCACAUAGGCCUCCUGUACAAUCUGACUGCUGAUGUCCACAGAAUGGCUGGGUCUCCUUCUCGGUUUUAUUUUAUUGGAAAUGGAACCUCCAACUGCACAUCAGGAAAGGUUGAAGCGUCCCACAAUCGUGUAAACUGCGUGACUCACCAGGCCUUUAUGAGAAAAGAAAUCCGUGAUAUUUUUACUCCCAUCCAUUUUGAGGCAGCGUAUCAGCUUGGAGAGCAUGUUGUGAAAAGAGAUGCCCCAACCCUAUUUCCACCGCUUCGACCCAUCCUACAACAGAGAGAAGGGGAGGAGAAUCAUGUCAGGAACAAGACACAGUUUGCCCGGUACUGUGCUUGGAAAAACUGCUCUGCCAAUUUACAGGUUUCUGCAAAACUUGGCUUGCCACAGAUUCAUGAAAACAAGCCUUACUUUGCUCUUGGGAAUGGAAAGUCUGUGAUGUUGAAUGUGACUUUAUACAAUGCAGGGGAUGAUGCAUUCCAAGCUGCUCUGCACCUCAGAUUCCCUAAAACUCUGUACUUUGUUAAAGUUUUAGACUCGGAAGAGAAAUACAUUAGCUGUGAUAUAGCAGAAGAUGAUCAGUCGAUUGUAGGGUUGGAUUGUAGUGUUGGCCAUUUAUAUGUCAACUCUCUCACAAAGACGGAUGUCACUUUCCUUCUGGCUGUGAACAAAGACGGUGUUCCAGAGGAUCUCAACAUCACAGUUAAUGCAACCUGUGAAAGUGAAGAAGGAGCAGAUCUUCUGCAUGAUAAUAUUGCAACUUUAAUAUUGCCUUUGAGAUAUGGGGUUGACUUAAAUGUGCAUGGGCUUGUGUCACCCUCUUCAUUUGUAUUUGAAGAGAUGCAGAAUGAGUCUGAUUGUUUUACUCAGAAGUUUAAUUAUACUUUCACCGUAGUUAAUGUUGGCUUCAGCAAGGCCCCUGGCUCUAGACUGGAGAUCAGUAUUCCUAAUUCCAUUACACCACGCCCAUUCAAACUGUUCAACAUUUUGGAUAUUAAGACUUCCCUUGGAAAAUGUUAUCUUCCGAAUAAUACAAAAGACUGUGACAUACCACAUACGUCAUUUAUUCAGGACCUGGCAUUUUUCUUUUCAAAAACAACAAUCAGACGAUUGUACUGUACAAAGGAUGACACUUCUUGUUUAAAUAUAUUUUGUGACUUUGGAGAAAUGGAAACCAGAAAGGAAGCCACCGUUCAGCUACAGCUGGAGCUAACACCUUUAGUUUUGGCACUAGGUAGAACUUCCAUUUUUUAUAUUGAAACAAUAGCUGAAGUAUUUCCCAAGCAGGACACAUAUGUUAUUGAACUGCAAAAAUACCAGUUUGCAAGUAUUAUUUUGGAAGCCCAUCACGAUCAGAAGCCAACGAGGAGAGCAGAAGUAUCCAUUAUUGUAUUCAGCCUCUUUGUGGGGCUCUUUAUACUCUUGCUGCUUAUAUACUUCCUUUGGAAGGUUGGCUUUUUUAAAAGAACUUUUCAAACAAAAGAACAGGACCGUCGAAAAAGCUGGGACUACGUAAACAAGACUAACGAUGUCUAUUGACAACAGAACCACCAAUGGUAGAGAACAUCUGGAUAUUUAAAAAAAAAAAAAAAACUU